UCAAGUCAUUCUGUAACACAGCAGUACUUGGUCAACAUGGCUGUUUUGGAUAGUUGUCAGUUUUUUGUAACUUUAGUGCUCAUAUUAUUUUCUUCUUUUUCGGUUACUAACGGAAGAUCUAUAAUAGAUGAAGACGCAACAAUAAACACGAAUGAACAUGGCGAUCAUCUAAUAUCACAGCCUUACUUUGAAAAUUUCUAUCAAAGGAAUGUGACCAUCACCGAGGGGCAGAGUGCCUACCUGCACUGCCGUGUAAAGAACUUGGGCAAUAAAACGGUUGCCUGGGUUCGUGUACGAGACGUGCAUCUCCUGACGCUCGAUAAUGUGACCUACACGAGUGACUGGAGGUUCCGUUCUAUUCAUGAUGACGACACAGACGAUUGGACGCUCAAGAUCGGCUUCACAAAGUUGAGAGAUUCAGGCAUUUAUCUGUGCCAAGUCAAUGCGGAACCUUGGAUUACGCAAGACUUCAAGCUCAACGUAGUCGAGGAGGAACCAUCUAAAACGUAUGGGUAUACUAUCAACGGCAGAAGUUCUUCCGAUACUACUGCUACAACACUUCCAUCUUCUUCGGUGAAAGAUUCAUCGAAUAUCCCUACCACUUCAACCCCUCGGGAUGAUGCUCUCAUCCCCCCUCCACUGGUGAUUCAAUAAAUUCGACCUUUUGAUGUAAUACACGUAGGAAAUGUCACGACUAUAAAAAGUGAUUUAUUAAAAAUAUUAAUAUUUUCUAAUUAUAAUAUUUUGUAACAUAAAACGGAGUAGACGUAUAUAAAUUACUGUUAUAUGAAAUAGUACACCAUUGUAUUAAAGAUUAUUGAAUAAAUAAAUUUGUUUUUGCUUUAA